AUGUCUGCGACCGACUCGUUCCUCCACCUCGCGCGCCCGCUCGGCCCAGCGCCCGUCGGCGCGCAGCCCUCGACGGCGCCGCUGAACGUGGUCAUCCAGCCCCAGGCCGUCUUCUCCGUCCUGGACCACUCGCUCCGCCGCCCCGCCGACCAGGAGCGCGUCAUCGGUACGCUGCUCGGCACCCGCAGCGAAGACGGCACCGAGAUCGAGAUCCGCAACUGCUACGCUGUCCCCCACACCGAGACAGCCGAGCAGGUCGAGGUCGACAUGGACUACCAGAAGCAGAUGCUCGCCCUGCACCUGCGCGCGAACCCACGCGAGGUCCUCGUCGGCUGGUACGCCACCAGCAGCGACCUCAACACCUUCUCCGCCCUCAUCCAGAACUUCUACAGCCAGCAGGGCGACGGCACAUGGCCCCACCCGGCCGUCCACCUGACCGUGUCCACCGAGCCCGGCAAGGAGAUUGAGUCGCGCACCUACAUCUCCGCCCCGAUUGGCGUCACCGCCGAACGCGCCGCCGACUCGUGCCUGUUCAUCCCCGUGCCCCACGAGAUCAGGUACGGCGAGGCCGAGAAGUCGGGCCUGGAGCUCGUCUCUGCCGCCAAGAACAGCGAGAGCAGGAUCGCCGAGGUUGCGACCGACCUCGACCAGCUCGAGAACGCCAUCAGGCACGUCCUCGACAUGCUCGAGCGCGUCUCCAACUAUGUCAACAACGUCCUCGACGAGGAGGCUGAGCCUUCGUCCGCGCUGGGCCAGUUCUUGAUGAACGCCCUCAGCCUGGCACCGAAGGUCGAUGCCGCCGACAUUGAGCGCGACUUCAACGCACACAUCCAGGACGUCCUCGUCGUCUCCUACCUCGCCAACACCAUCCGCACCCAGAUCGACCUCUCGAACCGUCUCGCGACCGCAGCGCUUACUCUCGGUGGCGGCGACGCUCUUGCUGGUGACAACCAGAAGGAGGGCGGUGACAGGAAACAGGGCGGUGACCGACGGGGCGGCAAUAAGGGCAGGCAGCAGAGGCAGCAGGAGGCCUGA